AUGGCCUCGAAUGACGGCAAUCCUCCUCCGUGUGGUGCGCCCCAGCCUUACCCAUCGGCAGCGUUCGGCUUGACUCCUAGCGCCAGCGAUGCUUCCAGCCCAUCGCCCACUGCGAGCACCACCAGCACCAUCAAGGUCACGGCCAUCCCGCCCGUUUAUCCCCAGCCUGCAAAGCUCCAGUCUGCUCCUCACAGACAGUGCGGGCUUUCUGCCUCCGAGGCGACCCCGCUCCAGCUGACUGUUGAUGCUUUGAAGGCCCACGACAAACGGUGUGAACGCCACUCCGUUCGCCAAGCGAUUCGAUACGGCCAGCGCCCCGCACACAAGCCCAAGUCCAAGCCGCCCAAGUCCCAUGUCAUCAGGCGUCUCGAGGGCGAAUUCCGCGACGCAGCGGCCGAAACCAUCUACGGCCUCGAGUCGGCUCUCUCGGCGAUGCAGGACCAGCAUGCGCGCCUGGAGGUCGUAAACGCCCGCUUGCACGCUCAGGUAACCGAGCUGCAGUCGCGCAACCACAUCCUCGCGGGGACCAUCACAUAUGAGCGUGCUGCGCGUCAUCAUGCCGAGUCUAAGGCCAUCGUUCAGGAGCGUGCGAUGCAGGCUGAGGUCGACUACCUCCGCCGCUCACUUGCGAGCACCGGCAAGGAGGGCUUGAGGUCUCACCGCACCAUCUCACCCAAGGCCCAGCCGGAGACGACGCAGACUGUGGUCAGGCCGCAGCUGCCUCCCCCUUGGCACCCUGGGAACGAUGACGGAGUGGACCAUGGCGACAUCUAUAGCGACACACUGGCUGCCUUCCUCACACACGGCGCCAUGCCGACAUCCAACUGGACCACGAAUCCCUAG